AUGAGUGAAAGCGGAUGGAAUACAAUUGAUUCCGAUGCAGGUGUGUUCACGGAACUCGUUGAGAAAUUGCAAAUCCAGAAUGUGGAGAUAAAUGACCUCUAUGCCAUAGACACCGACUCGUUAAGGUCCUUGGACCCUCUUUACGGAGUGAUUUUCCUCUUCAAGUACGGAAAAGUCGACAGGGACCACGCACAAGAUGGAAACAAGCCAUUGACAGGUCAAUACGACCCUUCCUACCAAGACAAAGGCAUCUUCUUUGCCAACCAAACCAUACAAAAUGCCUGCGCCACCCAAGCAGUGUUGAAUGUGCUUUUCAACAAGGACGAGCUCGAUCUUGGACCCGAAUUGGCCAACUUCAAGGCGUUUGUGACAGGAUUCGAUAGCGAAAUGAUAGGGGACACCAUCUCCAACAGUGAAUUGAUCCGGUCGGUCCACAACUCGUUCUCAGCCCCCAAUUCGUUGAUCCUAGACUCGGAAAAGAAACCAGAAGACCAUGAUGACAAGAAUGACGGGUUAUUCCAUUUUGUGGGAUACUUACGGACCAACGGUCACAUCUACGAAUUGGACGGCUUGAAGUCAUAUCCCAUCAAACACACUGCAUGCGAGUCCAACGACCAAUUCUACGAGAAAUUGCCUUUGGUAAUCCAAGAAAGAAUAUCCAAGUACGACAUGAGUGAAUUGAGAUUUUCGUUAUUGGGCAUCACCAAUAACAAAUUGCAGGCAAGCAGAGAACUGGGAGACGUGGAAGGAAUUAAUAUAGAACUCAACAAGAGAGAAAUGUGGAAGAAAGAGAACGAGUUGAGAAGACACGAUUACACAGGCUUGAUUGUGGAACUAUUAAAGAGCGUGAGUCGAAACAGCACCGAUGAUGAGUGGCAAGCAUUAUUGAAUGAUGCCAGGAAGAAGGGCCAGCUUGAUCUUCUUGAAACCUAUGCCAAACGCGGAAUGAAGUAA